AUGAAGUGCUCAGUGUCUACCAUCACAUACCUGACUGCCCUGGUGCUUGCGGACACAGCACUGGGUGCGACGUACAGUAUCUCUGACAACAUUGUGGGCAACGGAUUCAACAGCGCGUUUACCUACCAAGCCAUAGCAGAUCCGACGAACGGGAGAGUGAAUUACGUCGACCAAGCCACCGCUCAGGCUGACAACCUCACGUAUGCGUCGGGUGACACAUUUAUUCUGCGUGCCGACUACACCACGACGCUGAGCGCCAGCGGGCCUGGUCGGAACUCCGUGAGAUUGCAGUCCAACGCUCAAUAUUCAACCCAUGUUGCAGUCUUCGAUAUCCGGCAUAUGCCUCAAGGUUGCGGAACGUGGCCCGCUGUAUGGGAGGUCGGGGCGGACUGGCCCAACCAGGGCGAGACAGAUAUCAUAGAAGGCGUAAAUGAUGUACCACCAGACCAAGUCACAUUGCAUACCAGCUCAGGAUGUACGAUGCCAGACUCACGAGACAUGACGGGAACCUCGGAAGGGACCGAUUGUUCCACAACCGAUACCAACAAUGCUGGAUGUGGCGUGCAGUCCACCGACACGAAUAGUUACGGUCCUGACUUCAACAAUAACGGUGGAGGCUGGUAUGCAAUCGAGCGCACAGACACAUUUAUUAAGGUCUGGUUCUGGCCAAGAAAUAGUGGAUCAGUGCCAGGCGAUGUCAACAGCGGCGCUUCCUCUGUGGAUACAGAUAAUUGGGGCACACCUAUGGCUCUUUUUCCAGACACCGACUGCGACUUCUCGUCACAUUUUGGCCCCCAUAACAUCAUUAUCAAUUUGACAUUUUGCGGUGACUGGGCUGGCGCGGUCUACAGCUCUGACGGUUGUCCUGGAACAUGCGUUGACUAUGUCAACAAUAAUCCCUCAGCAUUCGCCAAUGCUUACUUCGACUUUGCUGGAAUCAGGAUCUACACAUAG